CAGGCCUCAGUGUCAGUCGGACCAGCCGCCAUCGCCUUCACGCGACCUCUGGGAAGCGGACACAGCGCCCCCUAGUCACACUGAGAGAAACAAAGUUCUGGGUUGUCAUGGCGACGGCCAAUCAGAUGAGACACAACGGGGACCAGACGGUUCCUGGUGGGGACGAGGACGUCUCGAAUGUCAGAGGGAUCCAGUCUCGUUACCUCCGCUGUCCGUCCCCCAGCAGUUUCUCCGCGUUCUCAGAGUCCAGGUUUUCUCUGAUCUCCGGCUCCGAUGCCGACAGCAUCUUCAUGGAUCCGAUCCACCUGUCGUCCGCCGUCGCCGCCAAAAAGAUCAUCAGUGAGGAACUGCCGCCGCGUGGCGUACACGAGGAGUCCGUCUCAGAGUCCAUGUUGGAAAGUGCCGAACAGCUGAUGGUGGAAGAUCUGUACCACCGGGUGAGGGACAUGAUCGACGACCGCAGCCCGUACAACACGCCGUGCGUGCUGGACAUCCAGAGGGCCAUGGUGCAGGAGCGCCUGGAGGCUCCCAUCAACCCCGUGGAUGAGGUGUGGCCCAACAUCUUCAUCGCUGAGAAAACUGUAGCCGUCAAUAAGGUUCGUCUGAAGCGGAUGGGUGUCACUCACAUUCUGAACGCCGCCCACGGCACGGGCGUUUACACCGGACAGUCCUUCUACGCCAACAUGAACAUCCAGUACGCGGGCAUCGAGGUGGACGACUUCCCCGAUGCUGACAUCUCGCCACAUUUCCGUCCAGCUGCUGAAUUCUUGGACGAAGCCUUGCUGACGCACAAAGGGAAGGUUCUUGUGGUGUCCAUGAUGGGCGUCAGCCGCUCUGCUGUCCUGGUGGCAGCAUACCUGAUGAUCUUCCAGAACAUGUCCAUCAUGGAGGCUCUGACCACCAUCAGGAAAAAACGUGCCAUCAACCCCAAUGAAGGCUUCCUGAAACAACUGCGCGAGUUCAACGAGAACCUGAUGGAGGAGCGAGAAGAUGAUGACGAAACUUUGAGCCAGUGCUCCGUUAUUGACGCCUGCACACGGGCUCGUAUCUUUGGUGAGGAUGUCGAUGACGAGGACACGGAUAAGGAGGAAGAGCAGAGCAUGGUGGAGGUGAAAGCCCACUCCAUCAUGAUGGAGGAGGAAGAGGAUGGAGGCAGCGUCAUGAGCAGCAUUGCCUCCUCUGCAGCUGCUGCGGCUCUCCGGAGUGGACAGAUUAGAACGCCAAAUGGACUGGACAAUCAAGAAAUGAACAACAGUCAGCAAGAGAUUGUCCUCCCUGAUGAGGACGGCAGAGAAGACAGGGAAGAUGACGAAGGUCUCGACAGUAUGAUCCAUGAGUGGCAGAGGAGAAAUGAGAAGUACCAGAGUGAGGAGUGGUGGGACGCUCAGCUGAGGAGCGACACUGAGGAUGGAGACUCCAUCCUCGGCAACCAGCAAGGAAAGGACAGAGGGAGCCGGGAUGCCGACCUAGACAGCAUCACCAGUAACGAUGUGCAAGCUGUGAAAGAACGGGUAAAACAUCGGACCCAACGACCGCCCUCUGAAAUGUCAUCCACCUCCAGCUACAGCAGUUACGCUGACCUUUGGAAGCAACGUCUGAGGGAGAUCGAAGAGCAAGCAACCGCUCGCUACCACAGGAAGAAAGAGGAUGAUGGCAGCGACAGCAGCGACACAACAGGAGGAGAAGGAGCAAACAAGAAGGUUGAUGAUGAAGUGGAGAGCAUUCUGUCUGACACAAGCUCUUUGUACAACUUCUGCCAGAAGAACAAGGAGAAGAUGACACCUCUGGAGCGCUGGCGUGUCAAGAGGAUUCAGUUUGGCUGGAACAAGAAAGACCGCGAGGACGGAGAAAAAAGUUCAAUCGCAGAUAUCAACAAAAGCGACGGCAAGGGAGAAGCGAAGACACUGACCUUUCAAGAUGUCAACCUGACGGCCUAUCAGGCGUGGAAGCUGAGGCAGCAGAAACGCCUUGGGGAGGAGAACACGGAUGAGAUUUUGGAAUUGAGUUGUGGUGAGGACUCUGCAAAGGCAAAGAGGAGGCAGCGGCGCGAGGAGAUUCUGGAACGGUCAAAGAAAACUCUGGAGGAGAGUCAGUCCAUGUGUGACUGGGACACUGAGAGCUCCGUCAGUGCCGGCACCAUACCACUGUCGGCCUUCUGGGCUGGAGCCGGAGUCACUAGUCCAGCGAGUGUCACCAACGAUGAUACCACGUCUGUGCUGAGCGCCAGAUCCUCCGUCAUAUCGUCAGUUUCACAGGCUCGUAGCGUGAGAUCAGCUCAGUCUGCCAUCCCGUCUCAUCCUGUGCCUCCGGUUCCUCCCAUCGUCUCAGUUCCUGCACUCCCGGGUGCUGCAGGUGAACCCAUGAUCAAUCUAGCCAGCAUUCAAAACUGGAUCGCUAAUGUUGUCUCAGAAACGCUCAAACAGAAGCAGAGUGAAAUGAGUCUACCUCCACCAUCACGCGUUGGGUCAGAGUUAAGCUUUGCAUGCACCUCCAGCGUUAUUUUAGGGCAGGUCCCGGACGACGAUAAGUUCUCAAGACUGAGUGGAGUGUCAAACGCCAGCCGACUGUCCCAGGAUCCCAUCAGGGCUGCAUCCAUCCUAUCAGGAGAUGGGCUGAGCAGCAGGUCCAUCCUCAGUGAAGGAGGUAAGAAGAAAACAAAGAUCACCACCACCAGCGUCCCCCUGUACAGCCUGUUCCAGGACCAGGUCAACCUGAACAAACUGGACGCCAUAGACAAGGAGAUCAAAUCUGAAAUGAGGGACAAGAUGGCAACCUAUGAGAAGAAGAAGAUCCUGGAAGACAAUAAGCGAAGCACGCUCUACAAGAAGAAGAAGCCAAAGGAGAAUGGAGAGGAGGAGGAGGAGGAAAAGAAGAAGGAGGAGGAAUUCCUUCAAGAACAGAAGAAGAAGGAUCAGCCUGCGAGGAGCUACGGUCUCUCUGGGUGCCUGAACCUCAACCCGGCUCUGGAGAAAAGCAAGAACACCAGCAUCGACAACUGGCUGAAAAGUGUCAGGCCUCCUCCAAGAAAGUCUACUUCCAGCGUCGACCCGUCAGAAGAUCCGUAUGACGACCUCGAUGCCUCUGCCUCUGAAUUUGAUUUCCCGAACCGCAGGGCUUCCUGUGCUGCUGAUGAGGAUGACGAUUAUGAAAUUCCGUCCAGAUACUGCUUGAGGUUGGACCAGGAUCUACUGAGUCAGGAAGCAGACUUGUCCUGUAACGGAUUUGCCCGGUCCCAAAGCUACGGCCAAGGAUCAGCCAUGUUUGAAGGUUACGACGAGGGCGGCGAGGGGACAAAGAGCUGUCAAGACUUCUCUGCCAAGAGGAAGUUUGGGUAUCGUUGCCAAAGUGACAGCAGCGAGACAGACGGGAGGAGGAACAGAAGAGCGGAAGCACGUGAUGAGAACGAGGAGGAUGACAUCUCCGCCUUCAUCGCCCAGACCCGGCAGAGGGUGCGAGCUCGGGCCGCCGCCGAGGCUUCAGACGACGAGGUGCUCGCUGCAUGGCGAGCACAGCUGGAAGCAAAGUCCCAGAGCCAAUAAAACCCGCCCAGCACUUCUGAGCGAGUCCACGAAAACGUCAACACAGGCACGUCUUUGUAUUGUUGCUUUUUUGUUUUUUGUUUUUUUGUUAUGACAAUAAAUGAUCUUAGUGACCUUUCACCUCAUGGGUUUUUGAUUGACACUUUGGAGAAAGAAAUGUUAUUUUAUGUCUUAUAAAGAUCUGAAAGAGCAGACGAUUGCUGGGGUUCAUAUAUAUUUUGACGUUGUGAUGUUUUGUCUUUUUUUAUCUGUCAAUCAGAGU